AUGAAUAAUAUAAAUGUAGUAUGUUUAGGAGGUGCUAGUGAAGUAGGUAGAUCUUGUGUAAUAAUUGAAAGUGAGAAAACUUCAAUUAUGUUAGAUUGUGGAAUACAUCCAGCUUUUAUGGGGAUUGGUUGUUUACCUAUAUAUGAUGCAUAUGAUAUUUCUAAAAUUGAUUUAUGCUUAAUAACACAUUUUCAUAUGGACCAUAGUGGGGCAUUACCUUAUUUGAUCAACAAAACUAGAUUUAAAGGAAGAGUUUUUAUGACAGAAGCAACUAAGAGUGUUUGUUACUUAUUAUGGAAUGACUAUGCUCGUAUUGAGAAAUGUGUGAAUCUUAUGAAUAAGAAUAAAUCUAGUAAAAAUAAAAAAAAUUUUGAUGAUGAGAAUAUAUCAGAUGGAGAUAGUGUUGUUAAUAAUGCAUACAGUAGUGAGGAAAACGCAGAUAGCGAUUAUUAUGAUAAUAAUUUAUGUAAUAACGGUGAUGGAAAUAAUAACGUUUUAUAUGACGAGGAUGAUAUUAAUAGAACAAUGGAUGUUAUUGAAACAAUAAAUUUUCGGCAAAAUUUAGAAUUUCCUAAUGUUAAAUUUACCGCAUAUAGAGCAGGUCAUGUUAUUGGUGCCUGUAUGUUUUUAGUUGAGAUAAAUAAUGUCCGUUUUUUAUAUACAGGUGAUUACAGUAGAGAAAUAGAUAGACAUAUUCCGAUUGCUGAAAUUCCUAAUAUUGAUGUUCAUGUUUUAAUAUGUGAAGGAACUUAUGGAAUAAAAGUUCAUGAUAAUAGAAAAAAAAGAGAAAUUCGUUUUUUAAAUGUUUUAACAAAUAUAUUAAAUAAUAAAGGAAAAGUGUUAUUACCUGUAUUUGCUUUAGGUAGAGCACAAGAAUUGUUAUUAAUAUUAGAAGAACAUUGGGAAAAAAAUAAGCAUCUACAUAAUAUUCCUAUUUUUUAUAUUUCUUCUAUGGCUACUAAAUCUUUAUGUAUUUAUGAAACUUUUAUAAAUUUGUGUGGAGAUUUUGUUAAAAGAAUAGUUAAUGAAGGAAAAAAUCCUUUUAAUUUUAAAUAUGUAAAAUAUGCAAAAUCUCUUGAUUCUAUUUUAAAUUAUUUAUAUCAAGAUAAUAAUCCAUGUGUUAUUAUGGCAUCACCUGGUAUGCUGCAAAAUGGAAUAUCAAAAAAUAUUUUUAACAUAAUUGCUUCUGAUAAAAAAAGUGGAGUAAUUUUAACAGGUUAUACAGUUAAAGGAACUUUAGCAGAUGAAUUGAAAACAGAACCAGAAUUUGUAACAAUUAACGAUAAAGUAGUUAAAAGAAAAUGUCGUUUUGAACAAAUUUCUUUUAGUGCUCAUUCAGAUUUUAAUCAAACAAAAACUUUCAUUGAAAAAUUAAAAUGUCCUAAUGUCGUUUUAGUUCAUGGUGAUAAAAAUGAAUUAAACAGAUUAAAAAAUAAGUUAAUGGAAGAAAAGCAGUAUUUAUCUGUUUUUACUCCUGAACUGUUACAAAAGUUAUCUUUUCAUUUUGAACAAAAUGAUUGUCUUUUAUCUUUAGGAAAAUUAUCACAUCACAUUAGAAUAAUUAACAAAAAAAUAGGCAAAAGAAAUAAAUUAAAACAUGAUCAAGAAGAGAUUAGAGACUCCAUGAAAGUAAAAGAAGAUAAGGAAGAACCAGAAAUAAAUAAUGAUUCUGUAAAUAUUGAAAAUCAUGAUACAAAUACAAAAUGUAUUACAAAUGAUUCAGAAAUUGUAAAGAAUGAAAAAGAACUGGACCCAAAUAAUCAUAACUUACAUAUAGAAACUAGAGAGCAACAGAAAAAAAGUUUAUUGUUGCCUUCAAGAGAUAGUGAAAACUCAGAAACAAAAUUAAAUUAUGAUGAAAAAGAAGAAAAAAUAAAAUCUAAUGAUAUAGAAGCUAUUAUCAUAUCUGAACCAAAAAAAAUACCCAUACUUAUUUAUCCUAGUGAUAUUUAUAAUUAUACAAAUUUAAAAACAGCCUUAAUAGAUCAGACAGUCAAUAUUAAAUAUCCAUAUGAGUUUAAUUUAUUAUAUAACGUUUUGAGUAAUGUGUAUGAAGAAACUAUUAUAGAUGAUGAUAUUAUUUUUAUAAAAGAUGUAAAAAUAUCUUACUGUAAGGAAGAAAAAAUUAUAAAAAUAAAUUGGCUAUCAAGUCCAAUUAAUGAUUUAAUAGCUGAUAGUGUUAAUUUUUUAAUUCUUGAAUUUUUGCAAACAAUAACUUCAAAUAAAACUUUACCUGUUUGCAAUAAUGUAACUGAUCAAAAUAUAUAUGAUAUGAUUAUUUCUUUUGUUGAAGAAAAUUAUACAAAUGUAGAAAGAAUUUCUAAAAUAGAAAUAAAAAAAUUUUUAUUGAACGAUAAUGUUAGAAAAAAAAAUGAAGAAAAAAAAGAGCUUUAUAUUGAUGGCAACAAAAAUGAUGAUAAUAAUAAGAAUUAUAAAAGGAGUGAAAAUUAUGUGGAUGAAAAAGAUGAUUUAAAUAAUUAUAAUAAUGAUACAAAUUUUGAAGGGAAAGACAACAGUGUUAAUGAAAAUGAAAAGUAUCAUUUAUAUGAUGAUAUACUUUUAGAUUACAUUGCGAAUGAUAUAUAUUUUGAAAACAGUCAAGAUGAAAUAAAUGAAAUACUGAAAUUUGAAAUAAAAGAUAAUUCUAAUAAUGAUGUUAAUGUUUUUGUUGAUAUUGAUAAAAGAGAAGUUAUUUGUAAAGAAAAAAAUAUUUUAAUAAAAAUUAAAGAAAUUUUAAGAAAUAUAGAAGAAUCAUUAUUACCCAUGUGUUUUUAA